GGUAUACACCACAAACCCAUUUUUUUUCCCAACAACAUGAAUAACUCAGCACCCCAAAUAGAGGAAGACCAGGCCAACUACAGCCUCUCACUUCUUAACCUUGCACUUUCCCAAUGGGAUGCACUUGUUAAACGUUUUGUGGGAAACAUUAUGAAUGAGUUAAAGGGUAACCCAAAUGAUCAAUCGUUUCAGGGGAACAUCAGAUCUCUUUCUGAUGGAUCACCCAUUUGGCAUCCUGCGACGGAAUUACAGUGGGAAUCAGGGUUUCCUACCUUUGGAGACCUUCUUCAAGCUAAUGGGGAGAGCAUCAGAGAGAAGUUGGCACAAGUUACUGGUCACAAUACUACUUCUGCCCAAGACUCUUUUCUCGAAUACUUGGAUCUUCUUAAUUUCAACCGAUUGGAAGGAAUACCAUUGAAACAGAUAUACGCCCGUCUUACUAACUCAGUUAAAGCCCAAAAUGCCAGUCUUGUUUUGCCUUAUACCGAUGACGGUAAGCCUGCUACUUUCACUGAGGAGAUAACUUCACUUGAAAGUCUCAGACACCCAACACUUUGCCUGAUUUAUAGACAAUAUGGGUUUACAGGUGCAGCAACCAGUGUAUCAAUUAUACAAGCACUCAAACCAAUUUUCUUCGAACAUCACAGAGAUGCUCAAUCAUUCUCAAGAAUUUUUGCACGAAUGGGAAACGACAUGAUUAAUAUGAUCAAUACGACGAGUGAUUUGGGUACUGUGAUUCGUGAAGAAAUGACUGGUAUGGAAGAGAGAAUGCGUUCUGAAAUGACUGGUAUGGAAGAGAGAAUGCGUUCUGAAAUGACUGGUAUGGAAGAGAGAAUGCGUUCUGAAAUGACUGGUAUGGAAGAGAGAAUGCGUACUGAAGCGACUGCUCGAGAAGAGAGAAUGCGUACUGAAGUUAACGGUUUACGUACCGUGGUUCGUGAAGAAUUGCCCGCUCUAUUAGCUCACCAAUUUACUGUUCUUUUCCAGCCUUUUCUUCAACAAUUAAGUACUCGGGCGCUUCAGGGCAUUGAAAAUCCUCAAACAGCUCAUCCUAAUGCAAAUACUGGUGAUUAUGCUGCUGAUGGUAGUUAGAAGAAUGAAACUAGUCCGGCUUUCAUUCUCCGAGUACUUGCUUUUGCAAUUAUUUAAUUGAACAGCAAGCCCUUGAGUCUGAACAGCCAUUUUAACCGUUGUCACCAACUCCUCAAGUUUAGGUAACCCUGUAAUUGUUUAGUUAGGGAAUAAAGUGUUUGAUUUUAA